UGUUCAGGUUUUCACACUCGGGUCUAGCCUAAAGUUUGAUUCUAGCUAUCUGGCAUGUAUUUAAAUCCCCCCCCCGCGUAGUCUUAAGCACAGUCGACACAGUAGGCAGCGCGGGCUUGUGAUCCCCCUCCUCUUGUGCGUGUGUGCUGUGUGCCAGGAGGUGGACAUGAUACGGGCCUCCUACGGGAAGGAGCUGGAGAGACUCCGGCAGAGCCUGGUGCAGCAGGGCCAGAGGCUGGAGGCCGCCCAGUACCGCAUCGGGGAGCUCGAGUCCCAGCUCACCAAGAAGGAGCACCUCAUCGUGGAGCAGAAGAAAUUCCUGGAGGACGUCAAGAGCCAGGCCAAGGGGGAGCUGCAGGCGUCCCAGAGCAGGUACCAGGCCCAGCGGCAGGUCACGCAGGCGCUGCAGACGGAGCUGCUCGAGCUGUACAGCCGCCUGGAGAAGGAGGACGCUGUCGCGGGUGCCGGUGCAGCAGCGGCGGCAGCAGGGGGCGCCACUGAGCCGUGCAAGCCCACCGACUCCAGGACGGACGGCGCCAGCUCGGGGUCACCAAGGCAGGCGGCCCCCCGUGACCGUACGGGCAGCCAGACUGACUGCCCAAAGGGCAACGGCAGCACUUUAUCGCCCGGCCAGCCCCCGCCUUCCCUGCCGGCAGGGCACGGCGGCUCCGUGAACGGCAGCCGUGACCCCCCCCUGGUCCUGCUGGAGCCCCCGCCCGCGCCCGGCCACGCCCCGCUCACGGUGGGCUCCUACCCCACCGCCAAGAGCUUCCUGGGCAUGCGGGCCCGCGAGCUGUUCCGCAACAAGAGCGAGAGCCAGUGCGACGAGGAGCCCCCCCGCCUGGCGGGCCUGUCCCAGGCGCUCAAGACUGAGCAGUGCGUGGAGCCCGCGGGCGCCGCGCCCCCCCCCGAGCCGCCCCGCCCGCCGGAGGGCAGCGGCGCGCAGCAGAGGCAGCAGCAGCUGCGGAUCAUGGACUAUAACGAAGCGCAUCAUGAGCACAGCUAAGGAGCUCGGGAGGAGAGAGGAAACAAAAAAAGCAAAGCCCAGUGUUAUUAUUCUCAUUCCUCGAGUGGACAGCAGGAUUUGAGCCUCCACUUCAGAUUGAUUUCCUCGGCUCCUCUCGUUUUGUUGUUUCCCCUACAGCCGCUCGCCAGUCCGCUUGCUGCACUUUGCCCUCCUCCUCGGCGAGGUGGCCAAUCUGAGGUCAGGGCUGCCGGGGGGCGGGGGAUUGUGGGGCUGGGUUUCUUCUUCGUUUUUUUUUUUUAAAAGACGGCUUCUCAGUCCAGCGUCGAGGGUAAGGGCGCAGGGCAGCUGCCGGUCAAGGUGAGAAGGAACUCUGCACGUUUGGCUGUCGUUUAAAAAAAAGUAUUAUAAGCGAGGAAGAAAAAAAGUCAAUCCUUGGACAGAGGCGUCCAGCGAUGAAAUGUUUCAACGUUCUGGGCGCUGGAGCAGUGUGCCGCGAGCCUGUUGAUCUCUUGGGCGACGGCAAGCAAGACCAGAUCUGGGCUGCGUGUUUUUCAAGAUGCCUACUUCCAGGCUUGCAGCAGGGUUUGACUGCAGUUUCCUCCAGCCAGCCAGGUGCGGUGACAGCUGUCGGGGUGACUGCAGGGUCCCUGCUCCCCCUCGGUCCCGGAGCUCGUGCCGCUCUGUCGGUCCGGGGCUGGUUCCUUCCCGGAAGACCCAGGAGGGGGAGUGGAGAUCCGGUAGUUUGGCGGUUUGUAAAGUUAUAAUUACGCGAAUCCACAGUGGCACCAGGUGAUGUGGUCAAGUAAAGCAAAAUUUCGAAGCUCCCGAAACCAAGCGGAAGUUAUGUUUUUUUUUUCCUUAUUCUGCCUCGCUUUAUCUGCAUAUUUUAACAUGAACGUUAGUUUUUCCCCUACCUUCUUUAUGGGUUAAUCUUUCACCUCAUCAUUCAUACUUCAUUCUAGUCUGACCAUACAGUCAGGCUGAUGUAUAACCCGGUAUUCCAGUCGAAUAAAAUGUGGCUUGGCUCUUUUUUUAAGCAGGUUUUAAGGUUAACCAGGUAGAAUACAUUAUGGAUGGACCCGAGUUGGCAGGACCGGGAAUAACAAAAGGACCAAUAUUUUUAUAAAUAUUGGUAAGAGCAUCUAUUGAACUUGGCGGCACGACCUUUUAACAUGGACUGAAGGCUGUACCUAGAAUAGCAUAACAUUUUUGGUCAUUUUUCAAAAUAUUCUGCUCUUAUUCUUUCAGUGCUACUUUACUAACGCGCAUCACCUUAAGAGUUCAUUUCAAAUGUGAAUUUAAAAUGAAAUUUUGUGUAAAGUUUGUCUCCACGUCUUCAACACGACGAAAGUUAUGCAUGUUCUUUUUUUUUAAAUUGCGCAAUUUAAUGAAGAUUAUGGAAUAACCAGAAAAAUCAGUUUAAACUCGUAUACUAAUGAAAUUUAUUAAUUUAUUCACAAGUUUUAAUUAUCAGGUGUUCUCCUAUGAGGGGGGGAAUUUUUAAAAUAAUGACCCCCCCCUCUGUUCAAAUCCUAGAAAACAAACUAGAAAUGUUGAUAUUACAGUUAUUUGAUUCAUUACUUAGAAGGAAUCUCUUCCUCUUUACACUUCAGCCUGCACUUAACUGACCAUUGUAAGCCAUUUCCACAGACACCUCACUGGUCAAAUCUCCCGUUGUUACUUAAUUAUGGUUUUAAAUCCAGUGGGAAAGAUCUAGCAGUUUUUCCAGAUUUCUUAUGAUGCGACCAUUAUAGAUGGAAAUGCCCACAAAGUUUUAGCGGGAUUAGGGAUGUACUGGGGUUUUUUUUCUGGAUCUGUUCCAAGGAAAUAUGGUUUUAUUUUGUUAACCUGUGCCGUGAGUCUUGGAAUUUAUAAGCUAAUAAGUACAGAUGCACCUGUCACUGUUUGUAUGCACUUUUGGAUGGACAUGAGGAGGGUGAACUACAACUACGAUCUUGAUGGUCACUAAAAAGCUAAAUGAGCAUAAACGGUAGCCAUUCAGCAGUACUCUUGCUCGUAGGAUGCUGCUGUCUUUCACCUGGGAGUUCUUCUGGGUGCAACAACUUUAACACUACCCUUUUUAACUUUACAUAUGGCAUAUGGCCCUGGGCCAUCUCCACUGUGAAACUUCACCAGUACCAUCUCCAUACCCCACAGCUUCGGCAUCUGUAGGAAAAAUGUUGUUUCGUACUUUUCCGUCACGUUGAGCCAGUGUCGAUUUGCCACAAGACCUUGAUAUUUGGGAUUCAAUGUCAAGCGUCGAAUCUUUUGAGACCCUUUUUAUGUUCUGACGGCAGGGUUUUCUACGGUGCCACUGUAACCUGAGUGUGCAGCUGGUAUAAGAAGGAAGAGGUGCCUUUUCUGCUGUGUCAGCGUUUUAAAACACUCCCAGAAGGAGUGUUGUAGAGAAGGAAAGGCCAAAGUUACAUUCGGGAUGAUGAUGAUAAAAUCGUACUUGGUUAUACUGUGGAAAAACAAAGGUUUUAGGCCUGGUGCCACUGUCUGCAGCCCCUACCUGAUAAACUUGGCCAUUCCCUGCAGUUAGUAUCUGGUUGCAAGACAGUGCUACACUGGGACUGAACAUUAGGGUGGUAAUAUUUAGCAAUUGCUGGGAACAAAAAUCUGUUUGGAAAUAGAAAAAAAUGUUUUUGUUCCACUUGAUUUUUUUUUUUUAACUGAAAAAGCUCUAGCUUAGAAGUUUCUGUGGUAAGUCCAAAACCGUUCGGAAGCUGUCAUUGUUUUCUUUCUCUCUGAUACUGGAUCUGGAAGUGUUAAAGGAUGGUAUUCAUGUCUGAUGCUAUUUGGAGAAGCAGUUAUGUGUUACAUAAUCGGUGAAUACUGUUGUUCUUUAAUACAAAUCCUGUUGUCCGCUGAACGUUUCUGCUGUUAUCCAGUCUGCCUUGCUAUCCUAAGCAUGUACAACAAUCCACUUUAAAUGCCAAUAAUAGGAAAUACGACGUACAAAGAGACUCUAUAGUAUGGUACAAUCUGAGCGAGACUGAAAGGGUGGAAUCAAGAGGGACUUCUUUUUGAAAAGAAUGUUGUGAAAACGGAAAAAGUACUUAAAAGCAGUUGCUCGUGUUUAACUGUGAACAAAAAAAUGAAUAAAAAUAAACUUGUCUUCAAUGUUUUGCACUACA